UUUAACUCACUAUCCUCAUGGGGCUACUCGACUGUAAUGACGUGUAACGGGAGCUUUUGAUAUCGAUAUAAAUACAGCACAUGGGAGUGUCAGGACCUACGCUAUCGAUGUUGAUACUUGAUAGGGGAAAUUUGUUUCAGCUGCUGCAAUCCAGUUCGCAGUCACAUCGGAUGACUGAAACGAAGAAGGCUCUUUCGCACUUAAAAAAUAGUGCCUGCAUACCUGCAAAUCAGGUACUGGCAUUGUGACAAACGAAGUGAAACCUGUGAAACACCAAAGAACUGCAAGGGCUGCAUUUACCAGUCUGAAUGGCAGCCACCCUCAGGCCGUAUCUCACUGCCGUGAGACAUACUCUUACAGCUGCAAUGUGCCUAGACAAUUUUUCGUCGCAGGUUGUGGAGAGACAUAACAAACCAGAGGUGGAGGUGAGAACUAGUAAGGAGCUUCUUCUGACUCCAGUAAUUAUAAGCCGGAAUGAAAAAGAAAAGGUGCUUAUUGAGACAUCAAUCAAUUCAGUUCGUAUAAGUAUUGCUGUUAAGCAAGCUGAUGAGAUAGAGCGCAUAUUGUGUCACAAAUUCAUGAGAUUCAUGAUGAUGAGAGCAGAAAAUUUUAUUGUGCUAAGACGAAAACCGGUUGAAGGAUAUGAUAUAAGUUUUCUUAUCACCAAUUUUCACACAGAACAGAUGUAUAAGCAUAAGUUGGUUGAUUUUGUCAUACAUUUCAUGGAAGAAAUUGAUAAAGAAAUUAGUGAAAUGAAACUUGCAGUUAAUGCACGUGCACGAAUUUGUUCAGAAGAGUUCUUGAAGAGGUUUUAAUGGCGUUUACAUCUUACAGUAUUUGGCAGUUGAAUAGCAUUUCUUGUUGUUAGAUAACUUAUCUGAUGUAUGAGCUACAGCAACUAAGAUUGAUACGAAUUCUGCCAAGCCGUAUUCUCUUUUACUGCUUUCCUGCACUCUGUGUGUAGGUGAAAAGCAGUCAGUGAUUACGAUUAUGAACUUUACUGGCUAAGAAUGUGUUAUUAGGCUUUGUUUGCAGUUCUGACAUAAUAUGUAAGAAGGUGCUGUUUGCUGUGAUUCAUGUAAGGAAAUUCGCCUUGCAUGCAAAUAUAUUACCCAGAAUCAUAGUGAAAUUUCAUGCAAAGACUGUUGUUUCAUAGCUCAUUUGUUUUAGAAUUUUAAAAAUUGUAAGAAAAAUGGUUUUGUUAGUUCUGAUUUUGUUGCGAGAAAGCAACAGUGUAUGAGACAUUUGCAUUUGUAGAAUAUUUUGUUUUAUGUAAUAUAAAUUAUGAUCCACAAAAUUGCAUGACCUAUUUUUUGUUAUAAACAUUGUUUACUUAUUAACACUGUUUAGUUUAUAUACUUCUAUAUUAAGGAGAGUACAGUUUGUUCCUAGAAGUCUCAUGUCAUACACUUACCACAUUUUUGUAUGAAAUAAUUAAAAGUGGUUUUAUUGUAGAAAUGUGA